AUGGCAACUCGUUCUGCUUCCGGCGCACGGGAUGGAGCGAUGCUCAUACGUAUCAUGAGCGAAGACGACGUAGAGGUUGAAGCGAUCAAAGUAGCCAGUCCGAGUACACCGAGACCGAUAAGACUCGAUAGUAUAGAUGGCAGCGUUGAAUCGUUAAAUAUUGGCUCCAGUAACAAUAAGCUGUUUGCCAGUACAGAGAACGAUGUGCCACAUUUACUUGCGUACACAUCUGCGGGUGUGGUAGAUUCGGCACCCACAUGCGGGGACUUGUUGCAAGCCAGGCCUGCACUGCACAGACUGAGUGAAACGUCCAUAGAAACAGGAACAGCCACUCUUGUUGAUACACACGCAUGUGAGAAUUCAGAUACGGACAAAGAUACUGAGAUAGAUACAAGGAUGGCAUCAGCAAACAACACGGAUAUAUUAGAUAAGAGCGCCAGUAAAGAUUCAAACACACGACCGCCGGCGUUGGGUACGCCAAGCACGUUUGAUCUGACUGCGGAAGAGGAAAGCGGAAACAAUGGACUGCAAUAUUAUAAGAUAGGUCGUACGUUGGGAACAGGCAGUCACGGGAAAGUCAAGUUAGCUACACACACGCUGUCGAAUGUUCAGGUAGGUCAGGGUGAAUCGCUGCAUUAA